UAAACUUGCUGAAGGAAUGGCAUAGUGAAAAUUUAACCUACUGAUCAAUGACGUGCUCGUUUUUCUCCUUGGAUAUAUACGCUUUUAAGUGAUUUACCGUUGGAGUGUUUCGUAGUAUUUAGCCUGUCAUUUGACGAGGAGCAUGAUAAUUUUAUCAUUCAUGUGAUAACCAAACGGUUUUAUGGUAUGCAGACCGAUUGCCAAAUGCAGGGGAAACAAUCACAGGAAGUCAAUUAGUUUUGUGCUGUGGUGGGAAAGGGGCUAACCAAUGUGUCACUGCUGCUCGUUUAGGUGCUAGAACAUCUAUGAUUGGAAAGUUGGGGAAAGAUUCUUUUGGAGAUGAGCACUUGAAAACGAUGACAGCUGAAGGUGUAGACACAACUUACAUCACACUUACAGAUGAAGCCUUAACAGGUGUUGGCCAACUGACUGUCUUGCCCAAUGGACAAAAUAGGGUAAUCACUGUCAGUGGAGCAAAUGCAUACUUAACCGUUAACGAUAUCGCAUGUGCAAGAACGACUAUCUCGACUGCGAAGGUCAUGUUGUGCGAAAUUCAAAUCGAAAAAGACACUGCCAUAGCUGCUCUGCAGUUGGCUAAUGAUUCGGGAGUAUUGACAAUCUUGAAUGCUGCACCAGCUUGCGCUAAUCUGGAUCCCGCGUUUUUUAGGCUCAGUGAUAUUUUCUGUGUGAAUGAAACCGAGGCUGAAGUGACAACUGGAAUCCAGGUUCGAUCCCUGGAUGAAGCUGCUGCAUCGGCCAAGUGCUUGUUAGAGAAAGGUUGUAAAAAUCAUGUAUUAAUUACACUGGGAGCUCAAGGAGCCCUUCUCCUAUCGAAGGGAGAUGCGGAUAAGCCUGUACACAUAAAAGCACCUGCUGUUUCUGCUAUAGAUACUACUGGAGCUGGAGAUUGUUUUCUUGGCGCAUUAGCGUUUUUCCUCGCUACACGUCCAGACCUUGUUCUCCACAAAGCCAUUGAAUAUGCAUGUAUCGUCGCAUCAGUCAGUGUCCAACGGAAUGGUACUCAACCCAGUUUUCCCUAUUCGAAUGAAAUGCCAAACGAAUUAUUUCGCAGUAAUUAAGGUGAACUUUUUGGUUGUUUGUUUCUUUUAGAAAUGUGUGUAGUUAAAUUUG